AUGGCUCGCGGAAACCAGCGCGACAAGGCUCGUGAGGCCAACCAGAAGAAGCAGGCCGCCAUGAAAAAGGGUCACAAUAUGAGCGGCAGCGAGCUGGCGAAAGCGAAGGAGAUAGCCGCGCAAAAGAUGCGCGAGAAACAGGCAGCCGGUAUGCAUCGACCCGCGACCCAGAGCUGA